GACGGUGGAUGGCAGAUAGACUGGUGGAUCAGCUGGCAUCUACAGUCAUCAUGGGCUCCAGUUCUUCAUCCUACACUCCCAAAACAGUCUACCUGGAUGUAAAUGGCAAAGUUCAGAGGGUGAUUUUUAGUCGACACUGUAGUCCAUGUGAUAUCAAAGAGCUUCUUUGCACAUCAUCCAACAUUGCCAGGAACAGUGCAAUACUUUUAGUGGAUACAGAAGGUGCCCUAAUAUCUAUUGAUCCCACCAUGCCGACAAACUCACCCAACAACUUAUAUAAGGUAGUGCCACACUGCAACCAAGGAGUAGAAAAAGAAGACGUGUUCCAGAAUGUUCUGUCCCAAGUAGCAGAGCAGUUCAGUCGGGCUUUCAGGAUCAGUGAGCUGAAGACAGAGAUGACCAACAGACUGGCCAUGCUGGAGAAGAGAGUAGAACUAGAAGGGCUGAAGGUGGUGGAAAUUGAGAAGUGUAAGAACGAUCUGAGAAGACUAAGGGAUGAGGUGACCUCUAGAGGAGGAUCGAGGGUGAACUGCAACUGCAAAUACAAUUUCACAGAUGAUGGAAAGAAGCUCUCUCCCAGACGUGAUGUUCCGAGUUAUCCAAAGUACACACUCUCUCACGAGACUAUAGAGGCGCUGAAGAAGCCCACUUUUGACGUCUGGCACUGGGAGCACAACGAGAUGUUAAGCUGUCUGGAGUACAUGUACCAUGAUCUUGGACUGGUGAAGGAAUUUAACAUGAACCCCAUCACGCUGAAAAGAUGGCUGCUGGCGAUCCAGGAGAAUUACCGGGACAAUCCGUUCCAUAACUUCCGCCACUGCUUCUGCGUCAGCCAGAUGAUGUACGGAAUGAUUCACCUGUGCAACCUGCAGGAUAGGCUGACUAUGACUGACAUGUGCAUUCUGAUGACAGCAGCAGUGUGCCAUGAUCUCGACCAUCCAGGAUACAACAACACGUAUCAGAUCAAUGCGCGGACCGAGCUGGCCGUUCGCUACAAUGACAUCUCUCCCCUAGAGAACCACCACUGCGCAGUGGCCUUCCAGAUCCUCUCCAUGCCGGAGUGCAACAUCUUCGCCAACAUCGAACUCGAGUCCUUCAAACAGAUCCGACAGGCGAUCAUCACUCUUAUUCUGGCCACGGACAUGGCGAGACAUGGAGAGAUACUAGAUUCCUUCAGACAGAAAGUGGACAACUUUGACUUUACCAAUGAGGAGCACGUCAAAUGUCUGAAGAUGGUCUUGAUCAAGUGUUGCGACAUUUCGAAUGAAGUCAGACCCACCGACGUGGCUGAGCCGUGGGUGGACUGUCUGCUGGAGGAGUACUUUAUGCAGAGCGACCGAGAGAAGUCAGAGGGGCUUCCUGUCGCCCCCUUCAUGGACCGGGACAAAGUAACCAAGCCGACGGCGCAAAUCGGCUUCAUCAAGUUCGUCCUCAUCCCCAUGUUCGAGACAGUCAUGAAGCUUUUCCCUCAAAUCGAGGAGAUCAUGGUGCAGCCCUUGAGAGACUCUCGUGACCACUAUGAAGAACUGAAACAGAUCGACGAUGCCAUGUCACAGGCACAGAAGAAGAAAAUGGAGAACAUGUCAUUAGGAGGAAAGAAAUAGAAGAAAUGAACCCAACACUUGUUUACUUCUUACCAAUAAAGAAGUUCAGCUUGAACUGAAACCCACAACCUGAAGGUAAAGCGUGGCUGUGCUCCAGCUUCCUCUUUGCUGUUUUAUGAAACUGGGUGG